AAAGAUUUCAUUCAAAUUUCGAGUAAAAUGUUCAAUAUUUUUGAGUGUCAGCUCAAUAAAAUGGAAGAAGAGGACACAGAGGAGCUGAUGCUAGACAAUCACUACGAAACGCUGCUCACACGUUAUGAGGACUACUUCAAGGGUUUGGCCUUCAAUUCGGAUCGCAUAAUCAUUGGCAAAUGGCUGGAGGUCUUUGGGCAGGCGACCGCUGAAGAGAAGUUAGCUCGGAAUGGGCUGAUGCUGCUGCUGCAGGGCCACCUCUCGGAGUUUGGUUUGCUCAAGGAACCCUUUACGGAUAUGCGAAAUUGUAGCAGGAAUCUAAACAGCGUUUUGGAUAAUUAUCAGGGCAUAACGAUGGGGCAGGAGGAAGAGGAGCCAACAGAGUACACAGAGUUCUCAGAGGCCUCCUCGGAGCUGGGUUCCUACGAUCAGCAUCUCUCCAGUGCCGUUACAGGAAUCAGAAAUGGAAAUUUUAUGCAGAAGAUGAAAACCUUUGAGGGAAACGCUCAGCGCACAGAAAUGACAGCCACGCUGGACUCCAGCCAUAGCAGUGAACAUUUGCUGAACUUUGGUAAGAAUUUGGCCAAGAGAACAACUUCCUACAACCUGCCGCAGCUCAACCAAGAAGAGCCAACGCCGCAGAGUGCUUUCCUGAACGAAUACGCCUCAUUACAUGAGCUGAAGCAGCGCUUCGAGGAAGUGGCCAAGCGGCUAGGAGUUGAGUCCACACCCUGCCUGGCAGAGCAGAAACCAUCGGAGGGUGAGACCCUGAAGGCAGCAACGUCUCUGGGUGAGCAAAUAAGGUUAAUGGCUGGGAACCACCGAUCGGAGGUGGCCAUACACGAACCUAUAAGGAAACAGAAUUGGACACAACGCAGCUGGAAGCGGGCACAGCCCGCACACAGUCAGAGCAAGGUAGAAGCGACAGCCCAACGGGCAGAAGGAGGCGCUGAGACAUUGAAGCCAGGCAAACAUGUGCAUUUCAUGGAUCAACGCAGCAGCCAUGAGAGCUUCAAAGAUGCCACAACACAGCAUGAGCCAGAAACUGCAGAGGAAGCAAGCCCCAUACUUCGACAGGAGAAACCACGAAGCAAAGAUGCUGCAACGGAAUGGACACCAGAAACAUCAAGCUUAAGCCCAUCACUGGAUGAUCGAAAGGAGAAGCGGAGUAAAGGCCACCGGGCACCAAGGUGUAAAGACUCCACAACCCAAUGGACACCAAGAGAAACAACACAAAGCUGCAGCUCUAAGCCUGCACUGAAUGAGCCAAGAAAGAUCCAGGGUAAGUUCCCCAAGGAACCACGAACCACGAAAGAUGCCACAACGGAAUGUACACCACGCGAUGGAAAGCCACAGGAAGAUCAGCAGCAGAUCCAACGACCCAAAGCAGGCAUUGAGCAAAAGGAAACCACAAAGCCAAGCUCCGCUCCAAGCGCCGCUCCAAGUUCUGUGGCUGAAAACCUACAAAUCCUAAUGGAAAGAAACGAGGAGCUGCGUCGUCAGUGCCUGAAGUACUACCACGAAGAUGGCCGCUUGAGGCGAAGCCCAGCCGGUGACUCGCAGCUCCAGCUGCAGCCUCAACGACUGUCCAAGGGUUUCAAACGUGGGGUACUGCGAGGCAUGCAGCGUCUGAGACGCUGGAAUGGAGCACCACACAGCCUGAAGUUCUUCUCGGCCAUCUUCAGCCGGUGCGGCGUGCGCGUGGGACACAGGCGACUGCGCAGCCUGGACCGGCAGCUGGAGCAGAUGGCCAGCAGGUGGCUGCAGGAGCAGUUGCGACUGAGACGGGAGCGUGUCUGGAGCCUCUAUCUCCGGUCCGUGACUGCCAAGAGUGCGCCACAGCUCACGCCGCGGACAGCCAAGGAGCUGGAUCAGCUGUUCGAGAACCGCAAGGCAGUCUUCCUGGAGGAGAUGGAGCACACGGCCAAGCUGAAGGAGCUGUGGGUGGAGCAGUGUCUGGGCCGAAUACGGGACCAGCAGCUGCAGCAGGUGCUGGGCAAACUCGAUGAGAAGUACCUGAAACUCGUAAAGGGACUGAACAAGCUCGUCCGCCGGCAGGAGAAGCUUUCGAGGCAUAACGCCAGGCUGCCCCGCUCAUUAAUUAAUUUCAUUUAA